AUUAAUGGAUCACGAGCCUCCAUUCCUGAAAACCUACAGCGACCUGUUCCGAGAGAGCCAGCAGCUUAUUUCUCCUCUAGUUGGUGACACAAGAAACUACGACAACAAGUUUUGUUGUGAACUACCUUUGAUAGAUCUCAGAAAGUUGAAUGCUGAGAGGGAAAUCAAAGAAGCUGCGAGAAAAUGGGGAUUUUUCCAGGUGGUGAAUCAUGGGAUUCCACAAGAACUGCUCGAGAGCUUGAUGCGUGAGGAAAUGAUCCAAAUGUUUCAUCGUCCUUUUGCCACAAAAUGUCAGCAACACUUUUUGAAUAAUCUUUCUGCUUCUGCAAGUGGUGGGUACAGGUGGGGAAACCCUUCUGCUACUUCUCUCAGGCAACUUUCAUGGUCUGAAGCUUACCAUGUGUUUCUUCCUGAUAUAGCAAGCAUGGACCACCACACCCAUCCCAGGUCAAACCUCAAGUGUUUUGCGACAAAAGCUACCCUACUGGCCGAAAGAUUGGCUGAGAUUCUUGGUCAAGAAGUGAAGAUCAAAUCCAGCUAUUUCCAGGAAAACUGUUUGCCAAACACUUGUUUUUUAAGACUGAAUAGAUAUCCAGUGUGCCCAGUUCCUUCAAAAGUGUUUGGCCUCUUGCCUCACAGUGACUCUAGUUUCCUUACCCUUGUGUAUCAAGACCAGGUGGGAGGAUUGCAGUUGAUGAAAGAUGGAAAGUGGUGUGGAAUCAAACCAAAUCCACAAGCCCUCCUUGUUAAUAUUGGUGAUUUAUUCCAGGCAGCGAGCAAUGGAGUAUACAAGAGCAUAAAACACAAGGUUUUAGCAGCAGAGAAGGAAGAGAGGUAUUCUGUGGCAUAUUUCUUUAGCCCCUCGUACGAUACAGUGAUAGAGAGCCAUGGUGGGGGGAGUCCUUCAAUAUACAGGAAGUUCAGUUUCAGAGAGUACAAACAGCAAGCAGAUAAAGAUGUUAGGGAACUUGGUGAUAAAGUGGGCCUCUCUAGGUUCCUUCUCUAGAAAGCAUAUAGAAACUUCCAACGUCUCCUUAUCAUCUCAUCACAACUGGCAACAAGUUCGUGAUCGCUACCACUCUUCAUCUGUCACUUCUAAACCAUAUAAAUCCAUCGUCUUUAUUCCCUCAUCCACUCUUAAACCUAUUUUCUGAUGGGAUAUUCUUUCAUUUUUACGUGUUCAGGGGGAUCUGGGCUUCAUUACAAGAGUGAGUGAGUGUGUGUGUGUGUGUGAUUGAAGCCACGUCAAGAAUCUAUCAGGAACGUAUGUAAUAUAUCCUAUUAUUAUUUGCUUGCUUGCC